AUGGAGAAGCCUCCGUUGCCAAGCGACGAGGAGGGGCAGGGCCUGUCGCAGAGUGAGUCCGACGUGGGCCUGGUGUCUCUGGAUGCAGAGGGGGCGUCUGAAGGGGCGGGACAGGGUGAAGACAGGCCCGCGUGGGACAGUAAGCUGCAAUAUGUCCUCGCUCAGGUCGGGUUCAGCGUCGGCCUAGGCAACGUCUGGAGGUUCCCAUACCUCUGUCACCAGAACGGAGGAGGGGCGUUUAUGGUGCUCUAUGUCAUGCUGUUGCUGGUUAUCGGGGUGCCUCUGUUUUUCAUGGAGCUGGCCGCGGGGCAGAGCAUCCGACAGGGCAGCAUCGGCGUCUGGAAACACAUCUCCCCACGUCUCGCCGGCAUCGGCUACUCCAGCUGCAUGGUUUGUUUUUUUGUGGCCCUCUACUAUAAUGUGAUCAUUGCCUGGUCUCUGUUCUACUUGGGCAAUUCUUUCCAGUACCCGUUACCGUGGGAACAGUGUCCUGUAGAUCUCCACACUAACCAGACAGUGAAGGAGUGUGCCGCCAGCUCCCCCACCUCUUAUUUCUGGUUCCGGAAAGCUCUGGACAUCUCAGACUCCAUAGACCAGUCCGGCCAGUUCAAUCCCAUCAUUACUGGUUGUCUGCUGGCUGCGUGGACCAUCGUCUGCCUCGCCAUGAUCAAGGGCAUCAAAUCCUCCGCCAGGGUAAUGUAUUUCUCCUCUGUGUUCCCCUACGCUGUCCUCUUCUGUUUCCUCAUUAGAGGGCUGAUGCUGGACGGGGCCAUGGAUGGAAUAACCUACAUGUUCUAUCCUAAAUUAGAGAACUGGGCUAACGUGCAGGUGUGGCGGCAGGCGGCGACUCAGGUCUUCUUUGCGUUGGGUCUGGGUUAUGGAUCUGUGAUCGCUUACUCCUCCUACAACCCCGUCCACAAUAACUGCCACCGUGACGCCUUCAUGGUCUCCUGCAUCAACUUCAUGACGUCCGUCCUCGCCUCUCUGGUCGUGUUCGUGGUUCUCGGGUUCAGAGCCAAGAACAUCGCCUUGGAAUGUGUCGCAACUAACGUGGGCCUGCUGUCAGAGAUGACGCAGGCUGGGUCAGCUCAGCACUGGUGGCCGUGGUUCAACGUGUCUGAUCCCAGAUCAGUCGGCCUUCAGGACUACAGAGAGUGGUACAAACACUACGGGAGCCUGGUUGGGACAAACAUCACCGACUGUGACCUGGAAAAAGAGAUGAACAAGGGAGUGGAGGGUACAGGUCUGGCGUUCAUAGCCUUCACCGAGGCCAUGGCUCUGUUCCCGGCCAGUCCGUUCUGGUCGGCCCUGUUCUUCCUGAUGUUGCUUAAUCUGGGCCUGAGCACCAUGUUUGGCACCAUGCAGGGAAUCCUGACUCCACUCAUGGAUAAUUUCAGAGUGCUGGGACGCCACAAAACCAUGCUCACGGUGUUUAGCUGUAUCCUGGGCUUCCUCAUUGGCCUGCUUUUUACUCAGCGCAGUGGAAACUACUUUGUGACAAUGUUUGAUGAUUACUCUGCCACGCUUCCCCUCAUCAUCGUGGUCGUCUUCGAGACGUUCAGCGUGUCGUGGGUCUACGGAGCCGACCGGUUCUUGGAUGAUGUGGAGGUGAUGUUGAAGUGGCGCCCUCCUGUGGUCUAUAAGUAUAUGUGGAAAUAUGUGUGUCUGCUGGGGAUGGUGGGACUGCUAGCCGCCAGUCUACUGCGUAUGAUCUUCAAACGGCCCACGUACACUGCCUGGGACCACGCUACGGGGUCUGAAAGUAGCCUGGAGUACCCGGGGUGGGCGUUGGCAGUGCUUUCCUUACUGAUCCUGACGGCGUCCCUCCCCGUGCCCAUCGGGUACCUCCAUUCGCUACUGUGCCGCAGGCGAGGUCUCGCGGGGGACGAGGACGAGGAUGUGGCCGAUCGACCCAGAGAGAGAUACACCAAAUGCAGCACCGCAGAGCCGGAGGCCAAUAACCAGCCCGCCUCAUUGGCUGAGAACGACAGCCAUCACAGAGUUCACUUCCUCCCGUUGGGUGUUGAUCAUUACAGGCUCCUCCCACAGCAAGAAGAUGGCGAGGAGGAGGAGGAGGAGGAGGACACGGGGGUGUAA